AUGUGGUUGUUGAUUACUACGAACAUAUUAUUUCAGCCCCCAGUGCCGCCUAUUGGAUGGAAAAAUGUUUACCAAGCACAUAAAAACAAACCCACAUGUAUUCAAUAUAAUUCCAGAAUGAGAAUGGAUGAAAAAUUUGGAAUGUCAGGCUCUGAAGACUGUCUUUAUAUCAGCGUCUUUACACCUAAUUUAAAUGCAUCUGCCCCUGUAAUAGUAUUUGAAUAUAACGAUAACUUUCAAACAAGUUUCAAUGGUACCGAGGCUUAUUCUCCAGAUUUUUUUAUAGAAGAAGAUACAGUUGUUGUCACUAUAAGUCAUCGCCUUAUGGUGUUAGGAUAUUUGACAACAGAAGAUAAUAUUAUCCCACCUAAUGCAGGAUUAAAAGAUUACAUAAUGGGAUUAAACUGGGUCAAAGACAACAUAAAACAAUUUGGUGGUGAUUCAAAUCGGGUAACAUUGAUGGGAUGUAGAGGUGGAGCGGUACUAGCUGAAAUAUUACUGUAUUCUAAAAAAGCUUGUAACCUUUUUAGUAGUGUGAUAAUACAAAGCGGAACUGCUUUGGAAAAUGGAUUUUUUAGUGAAAAUUCCCGCUCCAAAGCAUUCGAACUAGGUGAAAAAUUAAAUAUUACUGUUGACAAUAGUCAGAUGCUGUUAGAAGCACUGCAAAAGAUGGAUAUCCAAACAAUUUAUAAUAAAGUGAGUGACGUGAUUAUUCAAGAUGGAGAAGAUUAUUUUUCAUUUUCACCUAUAGUAGAAAAUAACGAUCCUGAAACAGUUGUUACCUCAAUACCUGAAAAAAGUAAAAUUAUUAACGAUGUACCUGUCAUGGUUGGUAUGAAUUCUAGAGAAGGUCUGGAUCUCAUAUCACAGUAUUUAUUUCGACCGCAGCUAAUGGGAGAAGUAGGCCAAGAUUUUCUUUUUCUGUUCCCUAUUCGGACUAACUAUAAGUUUGAUAGGAAAAGCAAUGUAUAUAAAAAUGCUACAAAAGAAAUAAUAAAUUUCUAUUUCAAAGAAGGUCACGUGUAUUAUGGUAAUAUCUUAGAAUAUUCGGUAUACAUUGGUGAUAUAUUACAAAACUAUGCUCUUAAUCUAGCAGCAAAAAAACUAUCUGAAAAGAUGAAGUCGCCAGUUUUUUAUUAUAUAUUUGAUUUUAGAGGACAAUUAAAUGAAAACAGUGACUUUAUAGCAAGACGUACACCAUUAGCCUUAAAGCCAUGGGGAGCAACCAUUACAGAUGAGUUAUGUUACUUACAUUUGUGUACUCGUAUAGAAGAAAAUUAUCAAAAUCUUUUAAAACUAGUAAGUGAGCAACCCGAAAUUAAAGUUUUGAAGAACAUGGUGCGUUUAUGGACAAACUUUGCUAAAUCAAGAAAUCCAACACCCUCAAAACAAGACGAUAUUCUUAAAGAUUUCAUAUGGAAGCCUAUAAAUAAGGAUAGUAAUGAUACUAACUACCUUCAUAUAACGAAAUUACUAAAAAUGAAAACGAAUCCUUUGGGCAAACGUGAGGAAUUUUGGGAUGGUUUUUUAAACAAGUACGCUGACCUCGCUGUUGAUGGUAUUGUUCAAGAUAUCGAAACUGAAAAGAAACACGAUGAAUUA